GGGGUAGUGAAUUACGGGGAAACCGGUUGCAGUUUUCAGCACAUCUCUUCUGUUCACAACAUGCUGUGAUAGACAUCAACAAUGGCAAGAGGAAAACUGGCCUUCGAUCAUUUGGACAUACUGUCCGAGAACAAAGAUAAUGAUGGAAAACUGUUGCACAUUUUCCGUAUUGUGCUGCUUGUCAUCAUGGGACUUAUUUCGGUCGGGGGCAUUGCAAUUCUCGCCAUCGGUAUAUGGACGCAUGAGGUGGACUACGGUAGCAGGGCGGUAAGCGGGCUCAUUGGCAUUGCCCUCUACCAAGUAGAUUCAGUUAUCAUGAUUAUCUGCGGCUCUCUCACCAUUGCAGUCAUGAUAAUUGGUUUUGUUGGGCUUCUCAGACCACAGAAAUGUCUUCUCGGAUUUCACCUGUCUGUGAUGUCAUUCACUGCAUUUGGGCUGUUUGCUGCUGGCAUUCUUGGCUAUGUAUUCAUUGGGGAGCUGGAAGAUUCUGUAAAGGGUUCCCUGAAAGAGAGUGUGGUGGAGAAGUAUGGGGUGGAGGGCCAGAAAUCCAUCACCAACCAGUGGGACAAGAUACAGAAAAGUUUCCGUUGUUGUGGAGCAUCGGGCGAUGUGAAUUCUUCAACAUCCUGGUUCCUCUAUCAGCAUGACAGCUUCUGGGUUCGGGACGAUCUCUCAAACCGAAGUCUUGUACCGAAGAGUUGUUGUAGCGAGGAUUCGAACAUGGAGCUGUGUACAGGAAAGGUGAACAUGACCAACAGUACAAUAUUCAGCAGCUGGGCCCCGUAUGGUGAACCUGAAAAAGUAGACCCACCCCUCACAUACAACUACACUAUCUUCACUGAUGGUUGUUAUGACAAACUAGAGGGAUAUCUCAGGCAGAACGGUAUAUUGAUUGGGACAGCAGCCAUAGUCGUAGGUGUGUUCAUGAUAAUUGAGAUAGUGUGUACCAUAUUUGAAUACAGACGUCUGAAGUUUUAAGCCUCCACAGACCUUCACUUCUUACCUGUCUACAUAUGGAGAGAGAAGGAAGUUGAAGUCUUAUACUUGUGUAUAGGCUUUCCAGGGUAUACUUGAAUACAUACUCAGAUCAGAGUCCAGCCUGCACCUAUAUUUAUGAUUAUUAUUGAAGACUUGCUUACUCUGUUUUAUUGCACAAUAUACUCAAGUAACUUUUUUAUCUGUGAUAGCAAGAUGUCUUAGUCAUUUUACUGUAAUUGUAUUGACUUGUUGAUCUUAUUGUUUAAGGGUUUUUAUUGUAUUACAUUGUACAUCAUUCACCAAUCCGUCUUUGAAGGAAAACAUGCAAUUGACAGUUUUAUUGAAGUUUUAUGCUUUCAAUAGUUUUAAAACCAUAGAAUGGAUGAAUGGUUCAAUGGCAUAGUUCCACGUCAAAAUAAGUAAUACUUCUUAAUGAAAUGGGUUUUCAAUGAUCAGCUAAUACGAGAGAAUCAUUAUACUUGUGUAUGGCAACUAUUGCCAAGGUGAUAUUUUAGAUUUUAAAGUAUUACGAUACCUUUUGAAUGUAUUCUUGUAUUGAUUUUUUAUGCCUCCAAUGAAUGAUGGAUGGCAUAUAGUUUCCGCACCAUCAGUCAGACGAUCUUGGUUGCAGUCAACUGUUUUAUGAUAAUUUAUCAAAAAACUCGAGACGGUUUUAUCUAUGUACAUGAAACUUCACUGGUAGGUUGACAUUGACCAGCAGAUGAUGCUUUUUGAUUUUGAGGUCAAAAGUCACAGUCAACUGUCUUAUGGAAACUUUGUCUUCACAAUUAUUUGAGAAUGGUUUAACCUAGGGCCAUCAAAUAGCGUAUGCAGGUUGCCAUUAACCAGCAAUUGACCUCGAUUUGUUUUGUGGUCAGUAGGUCAGAAGUCAAUAAUAAAUGCAAUUCUUCGUUAAAAACCUUUAUUGAACCAUAGCUUCACUCAGGGGGCAAAAUGUUAGACCAAUGUACCUUUUUUCAAAUUCACAAUAUAUUGCUCUUUCAUUUUUAUUUUGUUCAUAGUUUUGUUUGUGUUAUGCUGAAAUAACCAGCUAUUCUGCAAUAGUCAUUCAGUCAUUUAUUUGAUUCAUAUAGGACAUAUUUGAAUUAAUCCGUCCAUACAUACACAUUUAAAAGCAUCAGCUUGAGGCUUUUCAUGUUUUGUUAUCCUUGUGUAGAACAUGGAUUUAAAGGCAUUGAAGUUUACGUAGUCAUUACUGUUGUUUUUUAUUCUUUGUACAUAUACAUACAUAUAUAGAUGCAUAUCAUUGUUGGUCAGAUUUAUUCAUUCCUGUUUAUUGGGAUUCACUUAUUCAGUAUUGCAUAGGGUAAGGGUCAGUUUGGUUUGACAGUUGUGAAACUGAAGUUCAGAUAUCAGGUAUAUUCAUUCAACUGUGUUUAAAGUGCCCAUAUGGCAUAUGUUUUGGUUCUUUUCCUUACUUUUAUAUGUUGAGAUAUUUUGUAAUAUAAAAAUAGAAAAAUAAUUCAUAUUAAUUAAACUUCUGUAGAUAUGUUUAACCUGAGGAAAAACAGAUGUUCCAGUUUAAUACAGCUGUUAAAACCUAGGAUCUGACAUCAAAUUGCGGAUUAUUUCAUUAAUGGUUAGGUAUAACUUCAUUAUAUUAGAUACAAAAAGGAUGCAUUUUGAAAGUUUGUAUACUAAAUUUUUACAUUUCACUCCUUAUUCUGAUACUUCAGCUAUCAUUAGAGCCUGCGUUAUUUACACUUUUAUGAACUAAAUUAAUAAAAAUAUUAUAAGAUAAAUUCGCUCUUUGUUUGCAAAUGCUGAAGGCAUAUGUUUAUAGGGGUAUUUGUAAUGUAAUAUUUUGAGCAAAACAAGCUAUCAUCAUUUUCUGAUCAAUCUUUGUAGCAAAGAGUAUCUUGGAAGAACCAAUUUGUUCUGUUACCAUAGUUUUUAAGAUAUUGCACUGAUUCUUUAUUGUUUGGUUCUUACAGACACACACGUAUACACAUAUACAUGUAUACACAUACACACACAUACACAUAAACACGUAUACACAUACACACAUAUACACAUACACAUGUAUACACAUACACAUGUGUACACACGUACACACACACACACGACCACACAUACACACGUGUAUAAACGUAACAUGCAGAAUCUCACUUUAUUGAAGCACAGUUUGUGCGAGUACUUUUUCAAUUCAAAAGCCUAUUUAUUGUUUAUACUUAUUGACUCUUUGUUUUGUAGUAUUAACAUAUUGUCCAAGGGGACACAGUAAUAAGUCCUCUAAAUUCAGGAAGCUUCUUCAACCUUGCUAGUAGUAUAGUUAGCAUGCAAACGGACAUGAUAACUGUUAGUAAAAUACAUGCAUAGUUGGUAUAUUUACUUUUCUAACUGUUUUACAAAGCUGCUGAGGCUGAGUCCUGCCAGUUUAGACUCAUUUUUGAAUGCUGAACUUGAAUCAUAGUCUAAAUAAGGUACAUAUUUUCUUCUGUUUACAAUGAGUUACAUAUAUAUGGAAUUAAUUGAAAAUGACAUGAUUGUUGAUCAACUUUGCUUUGAUGUUGUCAAACAUACUGUAUUCUUUUGCACAUUUUUUCAUGUAAACCUUUUAAUGAUGUUCAUUUUUAGACCCCUACCGAUUUAAGCAGAAGGAACUAGGUUUAAUCUCCUGUCUGACUGGAAUAACUGAAAGCUGCAAUAAUUCAAGAAGUAUUCAAGCAAGGUCAAGGACACUUGAUGUGUGGAGUGGGGGCCAUUAGGAGAUUAUGCCUGUCAUUUUUAGUCGUUUAUAAAUAGUGGAAAUACUAGUACCGCUCUUUGAAUCCUGCAAAUAGUAUCUAGGUCAAUGAAACUUGUAUAGGUGGCCAUAAUGGGAAUUAUAAACAUUGUUUUACUUUUUUGUUAAAAGAUAAUGACUAUUUACUAUUUUCUUGUCAGACAAAAAUUGUGGUUGUUAUGGCAACAGAAAUAGUGAAGAUACCAAUUUUUCCGGGGAUUUUUGUUUAACUCUAAAAGUGUAAAAUCUACAUUUAUGGACGUUAGAUAUGGAUAGAUGCAUUGGUCAUUUGAGGAUUAUGUAUGUAUUUUUGAUAAAAAAACAGUGAAAAUACCAAACAUUUUGUCUGCAUUCUACAAUGACUCAGAAAGUAUUUAAUAAAACCUAGUAUGUGAUAGAGGGUCAUUAGGCAAUUAGGCAAGUGGUUAAUUAUUUCGUUAGGCAAAAAAUAUCAUUGCUAUGGCAAUAAAAAUAGUGAAAGACUACCCUUUGACUUGAUCUUGGCUUAACUCAAGCCAACUAUGUUCAUGAAACUUAGUAUGUCAUUAGCAAGCCAUUUGGGGAUAAUGCAGGUCGCUUUAUGUUUUUGCUCGGUAAAAGUACAGAAACAGUGUGAACGUCUUUCCGUUCAAAAAAUAGAUCGUGUGUUAACUCAAAAAGUACGCAAUCUAAGUGUAUGAAACUUUGUGUAAACGUUAUUUGGGCCCGAUAAGAAAAUUUUGCUCAUCUUUUAAAAGUAUUAUGACUGGUAAUAAAACCGGUAGGGGACUAUUGUAUUGCUAGCAAUACUUAUUGACGUGUUGAACCAGGGUACCACCUGAAAACAAUUUGUAGUAAUUAUAUUUAUGUCCGUUUGUGUUCCAUUAUUUAUAAUUUUAGUUAUUGUGGGGGGUUUUCAAAUUUGCUGUAUUCAGAAAAAAAUAUUUACGGUUUUCAGCCAUGACAUUUAUUUUAUACAAAAAAACGUUAUCAUAUAAAAACUAUUAUUUAUUUUUUAAUAAGAUGUGUUGUAAUAAUGCAAGAUUAGAAUUAUAUGUCAAUGUACGAGUGAGUAUGUGAUUGUGAUAUGACAUUCAUAGACACAAUGCUCUAGUUACUGGAGAUGUCUUCGUACACAUUCCUUGCAGUUUUCAUUUUAGUACUUGUCAAAUAGAAUAUCACCAACUUGUUGUUGGUGUAAAAAGAACACAUGUUAACUGUAGAUUCACAAUCUAUUUUUAAGCGUUUAAUCAAUAGUUUUUUUCAAUAUUACUUCUUCAUUGGCGUCAAAUGUAUAGGUCUUCAAAUUAUAUGCCGACGUUAUGUUGCGUAUAUUAAAUGUUAAAGAACUAAAGCUGUUGUGUUUAUAUUG